AUGGCUGAACGUCUAGAGGACUAUCUUCAUUGUCCCAACUGUCUGGACAUCUUCAGAGAUCCUGUCAUGCUGCUGCCGUGCAGUCACAACUUCUGCCGUGCGUGUCUGCAGCAGUGGAAGGACAAAGGAGAACGAUCGUGUCCACUCUGUAUGACAGAGUUUAGUUUGAUGGUUCCGCCUCCGAACUUGGCACUGAAGAAUAUGUGUGAGAACCUUUCGCGAGCCUUAGUCAAGUCAGAAGACCUGUGCAGCUUGCACCAGGAGAGACUGAAACACUUCUGUUUUGACCACCGGGAGCUCGUGUGCCAUAUCUGCAGGGAUUCAGAAAUCCACAUUGGUCACAAGGUCCGGACCCUUGACGAAAUUGUGGAAGGUGCCAGGGAAAGCCUCCAAGUUUACAACAACAGUCGAGAGAACUGCAAUGAACAGGCACAGCACAUCAAAGUCCAGAGGGCGAAUGUCGAACAAAAGAUUACGAAGACUUUUGAGGAGCUCCAUCACUUUCUCUACGUCGAGGAGGAGGCCAGGUUGGCUGCGGUCUGGGAGGAGGAUAAGAACAAGAGUCGGACCAUGCAGGAGAAGAUCAUGACUCUCGACAGACAAACACCCUCUUUCUCGAAUGUCAUCAGAAGCGCUGAGGAAUUGCUGAGGUCUGGCAAUGCUUCGUCCAUGAAGAAGUUCAAGACUGCAAUGAGCAGGAUCCAAGAGCUUCCCGAUAAACCAGAGCUGAUCAGAGGAGGUCUGCUGGACGAAGCCAAACACGUGGGCAACCUCAAGUUCAAGGUGUGGGAGCGGAUGAAGGAAACGCACCCCGACAGUCCAAUCAUUCUGGACCCCAACACGGCCGGACUAAGAAUCAAUCUGUCCGAAGAUCUGAACAGUCUGAGUUGGGACGAAGUACAGCAGGUGCGUCCAAUAAAUCCAGAAAGGUUCCAGUGGGAUUCUGUGCUGGGUUGUGCUUUGGACCCGGGAAGACACGUGUGGGACGUUGAGGUCGGAGAGAAUAAUUCUUGGGCGGUGGGGGUCAUGCAAGGCGACCCUUGCUUGCCAGAUGAAAUAGGUUUAUGGUCCAUUGAAUAUUUGGAUGGUGAAUAUAAAAAUCCCGAUUGCCAAUACGGAGAGUGGAAUCCGCCUGUCAAAGUGCAGAGGAUCCGAGUUGAAGUGGACAUGAAUAAUUGGUCAUUGUCCUUCUCAGAAGCUCUUACAAACACCCAAUUGUGGAAGCGUUCCGAUUUGCCAGACCCGUCCGGUAACACCAAAAAGUAUCCUUACUUUCGGACGGAACAUGGAAGUCCUCUAAAAAUAUUCCCCGUACCACCUUGUGUUACGACUGCCAGCAAUUAG